AUGAGUACCUCGGGGUAUCCUCCCGGUUGGGAAGCUGACUACGAUGGGGAGACGGAGAGAUGGUUUUACACCCAUAACCCGGCAGGGGUCAGGCAGUAUCACUUUCCCAAAGCUGGUGAUGAGGUCGAGUUGGCUGCUGCUAUGAGCAGGUCCAAGGCCGCCAAUAAAGCCAAGUCGAAAGAGAGCAAUACGGCUCGGAGCUUAAAGGAUCUGGCAACUACCAAAGUCACACCAGGCACAAAGUCUCAAGCUCUAGACCAAAGUCAACUAUCAGGCGUUCAGUAUCAGAGCGUGCCACGCCAACAUCGCCACAACCAAUACCCAACGUUUUCAGGCAGAGCUUCCAAGCUGCUCAGAGAACUGAUGCAACUACGGCCCAGCAGUUACCUCACCAACAAACCGCCCGACGGCGCUUCCUCCAUUGAAUACGCGGGUGCACGGCACAUCAAGAACUCCCAUUCAAGUUGCCAGCUCUGCUCACCCGUUACGCAUUAA